AUGGCAGCGACGGCUGCCCGAUGGGUAACACCGAGUGACGUGGAUCGCUUGCUCACCGUCGACGAUGUUGAUUGGGCCGGCAUCUACAACAUACAACUGCUGAUGGGGUUGUACCUCUACAAUGUGAGCUUCAUAAACGCAGUCAUUGCCCUCCUCUUCAACCUGCGAAUAGGUAUGAGCAUUCUGGGAAAGGACCCUGUUUCAGGAUCCAUCCCGCUUUGGUCUUACAUCCUCUUUUUUGGCUUCCAUGGCCCCACCUUUCUCUACACAAAGAUCCAGCGAGAGCGUGACCGCAAAAGUGGUGUGGCUCCGGCCGAUGAAGUCGAGCCUGGAUGGUGGGUUGGUGGGCGUUACAGCAACGAGCUGGGCAAGCGAUGGGCUGGCAACGUCGACCUGACCUGCGAGUUUCCAGAGACCUCUUCACAGGACAAGUAUAUGCUGAUUGAGUGCUGGGAUGGCGUCCCGCCAACACCUGAUCAGCUUGAGGAGGCAGCGCAAUUUGCAGUUGCGGCACACGAGCGAGGGGACGUGCUGGUUCACUGCGCUCAUGGCCGUGGACGGUCAACAACGACUUUGUGCGCCUGCUUAGUUCGUGCAGGUCUCUUCCCUACUUGGGAGGAAGCCUUCCACGCGAUCAAGCAGAAGCGGCGGGUGGUGAAGCUGAAUCGAUCAAUGCGUCUGGCCUUGACAGAGUGGCAGUCCAAGUACAGCAGCAAGGUGAAGUAG